AUGUCGGGCAAGUACGCAUUCACAAAAGCCCUCAAGGAGGUGCGCUUUCUCUUCUGCCAGACGGGCGAGCACAGCGCCGCAACCCGUAAUUUCGUCGCGAGAGCCUACCCCACGAUGAAGAAGAACAACCCCCAGACCCCCAUCCUCAUCCGCGAGGCCGCCGGCACGCUACCCAAGAUUUACGCGAGAUACGAGUUCGGUGUUGAGAAGAGCCAAUCGCUGGAAGGCCUGUCGGACAAGCAGAUCGAGGACACAGUCACCACCCUGGUCAAGAACGGCGCAUAA